AUGCCGCCAGUUAAGAAAGCCAAGCCCGGCCGCCCGGCUGCAAACAGAGUCACCAAGCCCGCGCCCAACGCGACGGCAACGAAGCGACGGUCCAGCGAUCGUCUAGUCGCAGCCGCCGAGGAAGCGAUCGUGGGCCGUAGGACAGGCGCCGGGGCAAAGCCGGACAAUGCGGCUGCUGGAGUUUUGGCAAAUGGACCGGGAAGAGGGCGAGGGCGCAAGCGGGCCGCGACCGCCGAGCAAGUUGAGGAGGAGGACGCUGUCAUGACCGAAGCGCCAGCCCCUGAUGUUGCGACGCCGCCAGCGACCAAACAAAAGGGUUCGCGCGGGCGCCCCAAGAAGACGGCGGUUGAGAUUGAACCACAACCUACUGGUACUCGGAGAGGGAAGAGGCCGCCGACAAGGGAUGCCGAGCCCGAAGCGCAUGAGAUAUCCGAGAUCCCCGAGACACAGCAACAGGAGGCGAUGCAGAGUGACGCCGAGGAUGGCCAUGACGACCUGGCCGACCUUCCACUCUCGCAGUCUCCGGACCGCGCGAAGUCCGGCCGUGGCGGCGCGCCCGUUCCCAGCAGCGUAUCCAAGCGGCCUUUACAGCCAUCAUCUCCAGAAAAGGGCGAGCCCGCGUUGCGUCGUCGACUUGGGGAAAUGACGCAGAAGUACGAAAGCAUGGAGCUCAAAUACCGAGACCUAAAGGAGAUAGCCCUCAUAUCGACUCUAAAAGCCGAGCUUGCGGCGCAGAAAGAAGCUGCCAAAGAAAUCCAGCGUCUCAAGAAGCAGCUCGAAGCAAGCGAACACAAAGCCGAGACCCUCCAAAGCAAGGUCUCAGACCUCACCAAGUCCCUCACCGAGUCCCAGUCCGAAGUCAGAUCCCUCAAUCUCAAACUGGCCGCGGCGCGCAACGCCGAAGCCGCUGCGACUGCCGCAGCCAAAGUCCCCGGCAGCGCAAUCAAAGGCGCGACCGGCGCCGCGUCCCGCCUCGCAGCAGCCAGCGCCUCCGAGGCGAUACAGCAAGCCACGCUGGCGGCGCAAAAGAAGGAGGACCUCUACGGCGACCUGACGGGUCUCAUAAUCCGCAGCGUCAAGCGCGAGGGCGGCGAGGACGUGUUCGAUUGCAUCCAGACCGGGCGCAACGGGACACUGCACUUCAAACUCGCCGUCGACGUUGACACCGCCGAGGGCGGCGGCAGCGGCGAGGCCCACUGCCAGUACACGCCACAGCUCGAUCAGAGCCGCGACCGCGCGCUGAUCGACGUCCUGCCCAGCUACCUGGUCGAGGAGAUCUCGUUCCCGCAGACACAGGCCGGAAAGUUCUAUGCGCGCGUGCUCAAGGCGCUGAACGAGUAA